UACCCACAUAGCCACAACUCCACAAUCUUCCAGAGAUCAUGUUUGAACCACACUUGGCUGAAAAAAAAAAAAGAAUUUCUCCUCUCAACAACACCAUUAUAACAAACUCAAUGGCCUAGAAAAAAAAAUGAUGAGAGGCCAAUGAUAAGGUCAUCGAGCCUUUCCAAAAAAAUAAAAGGAAAAGAAAAUUCAUCCAAUAAUUAUGCCAACGACUCGUUAAGUGGGAUUUUUCUGUGGUGUAAUGAAUUAUAUAUGAAGGCUAGGUGUAGGUUGGGGAAAAGGCUGAGGAAGACAACCUUUUAUUGAGAAGGCAACUAAGAUCCGCACAGGUUUCACAGUGUCUGCUUCAUUGAGAAGUAUUUUAAGCAUGUUUCAAGAGAAGCAGACAGAGAACCAUUUGGCAACUUGAUUGACACUGUGAGUGUCUAAUCCGUCUACCAAAGCCAGAAGAAAUAAAAAGAAGAGAAAGAGAAGAAUAAGAAAGACCAAGAAUUUCGAAGAGCCACAAUUAAUGAGCAUGGAAGAAGUGAAAGAAAAUAAAGAGAACCAGAGAGACAAGUUGGAGGAACUACAGCAAGAAACUGACGGUUCACGGAUUAUACAACCAUGGACGAAGCAAAUCACUGUCAGGGGACUCAUUGUAAGCAUUCUGAUUGGGACCAUUUACAGUGUGAUAGCCAUGAAACUAAACCUCACAACUGGUAUGGUUCCCAAUCUUAAUGUCUCCGCUGCUCUUCUUGCCUUUGUUUUUAUUCGGACAUGGACAAAAGUUGUUCAAAAGGCUGGAUUUAUAUCCAAACCUUUUACAAGACAAGAGAACACCAUGAUACAAACAUGUGCAGUUGCAUGUUACAGCAUAGCCGUUGGAGGUGGAUUUGCUUCUUAUCUCUUGGGAUUAAACAGGAAGACAUAUGAAUUGUCUGGAGCAGACACAGUAGGGAACUCCGCUAACGGAGUAAAGGAACCAGGAUUUGGUUGGAUGACUGGCUUCCUUUUUGUAGUUUGCUUUGUUGGUCUUUUUGUCUUAAUUCCUCUCAGAAAGGUAGUGAUAGUGGACCUCAAGUUGACUUAUCCCAGCGGCUUGGCAACUGCAGUUCUCAUCAAUGGUUUCCAUAGCCAAGGCGAUAAGGCGGCCAAGAAACAGGUGCAUGGAUUCCUGAAGUAUUUUUCAGCCAGUUUCAUGUGGGGGUUUUUCCAAUGGUUUUUCUCUGGGAAAGAUGGAUGUGGUUUCAAACAGUUUCCUACAUUCGGACUGCAAGCCUGGAAGCAAACAUUCUUCUUUGAUUUCAGCCUGACCUACGUAGGAGCAGGAAUGAUCUGUUCCCACCUGGUUAACUUGUCUUUGCUUUUUGGAGCCGUGCUCUCGUAUGGGCUAAUGUGGCCACUUAUCAAUCGGCUUAAAGGAGAUUGGUUUUCUGAGGAUUUACAAGAAAGUAGCAUGAAGAGUUUAUAUGGCUACAAGGUUUUUUUAUCUGUUGCUCUCAUUCUUGGUGACGGCCUCUACAAUUUCCUCAAGAUUUUGUGUUUCACGUUUAUCAAUAUCCACGGGAGAUUGAAGAACAAAAACCAAAAUACAGCCGACGAGGAUGACCAGAAGAAGACAGUUGAGGGUCUAAAACAAAAUGAAGUUUUCCUCAGAGAAACCAUCCCCAUGUGGAUUGGCAUUGUGGGAUACGUGCUUUUAUCCAUCAUGUCAAUUAUUGUGAUCCCAAUCAUGUUCCCUCAGCUCAAAUGGUACUAUGUGCUUGUAGCUUACAUGCUUGCUCCAUCUCUGGCAUUCUGCAAUGCAUAUGGGGCUGGUCUCACUGACAUUAACAUGGCCUAUAACUAUGGGAAAGUUGCCCUAUUUAUCUUAGCGGCAUUGACGGGCAAGGAAAACGGCGUGGUCGCCGGGCUUGCUGGAUGUGGUCUCAUCAAAUCCGUUGUUUCUGUUGCUUGCAUUCUAAUGCAAGAUUUCAAGACAGCGCAUUAUACUCUUACCUCACCACGAGCAAUGUUCUUGAGCCAGGCAAUUGGUACGGCUAUAGGCUGCAUUACAGCGCCGCUUAUCUUCUUCGUCUUCUACAAGGCAUUUGAUGUUGGAAACCCGUACGGGGAAUUCAAAGCUCCUUAUGCAUUGAUUUACAGAAACAUGGCGAUUCUCGGUGUACAAGGCUUUUCAGCUCUGCCUCAACACUGCUUGCAACUCUGUUAUGGCUUCUUUGCUUUUGCAGUGGCAGUGAAUUUGGUGAGAGAUUUCUCACCGCAUAAGAUAGGGAAAUGGAUGCCACUUCCGAUGGUCAUGGCGGUGCCGUUUCUAGUUGGGGCAUAUUUUGCCGUUGACAUGUGCUUGGGGACUUUGAUUGUGUUCGUUUGGCAAAAGCUCAAAGCAAAGAAGGCUGAAUUGAUGGUUCCAGCCGUCGCUUCUGGACUAAUAUGCGGAGAAGGGCUAUGGAUUCUCCCUGCUUCAAUUCUAGCCUUGGCCAAAAUAAAUCCGCCCAUUUGCAUGAAAUUCCUGCCUUCUUAGAGAAAUCGUGAUAAAUUGUUCUAGGAAGAAGAAUAUAAAGAUCCAACGCUUAUUCAAGGAGAAGACGCUCGCAGUGAUCAUCACAGGGUAGUAGACAACUCAGUAUAUUUACUAUUUUUCAGAAAAUAAAAACUCCAAUCUUAGUUAAGAUGGAAUAUCAACAGCACACACUCCAGCUGUUGCCUUCAAGUUUC